CAAACGGAGUCUGUCUCUCGCUCAGAGUUUAGUUAUCUGAAGGUGAACAUGUUGAAAACUCUGUUCCGGCACGCUAAGAGGCAUCCUGGGCUCAUCCCUCAGUUUUUCUUCAUGUUUGUGGGUGUGAGUGGUGCAUCUGUCUACCUGAUCCGACUCGCUCUUGGGCCUCAUGUCAGCUGGGACAGGAAGAAUAACCCUGAACCAUGGAACAAACUUGGCCCGACCCAUCAGUGCAAGUUGGUGGCCGUCACAACAGACUACAAGUGUUUGAAGAAACAAGGGCCUGAAUUUUAAAAGACCUCGACGGAACCGAGACCACACACACACACACACACACACACACACACACACACACACACACACUCUCUCUUACUCACACUCUCUCUCUCUCUCUCUCUCUCACACACACACACACACACACACAGUCUCUCUCAGUCUCUCACACACACACACACACACACACACACACACACACACACACACACACACAACUAAAUACUGUAUUGUUUGUGUGCUCCUGCUGAUACUAAAACAAUGACUAUUGUCAGAGGAGCAAAUCAUGUUUAAUAAACUUGAUGAGCCCGACAGCAGAAUUGAGUUCUGUUGCAAAACCUUGUUUGUGUUUUACCUACACAAGCAGCUUCCUGUUCUACAUCCGUCAUAUCCGCCUCAUUCAUUUCUAUACUCCGUCUCGUAACGGUCUCUGACUCACACUUGAAAGCAGAGUUUGACAGUAGCAUGACGCUAAGCUAAUGAUGCAACACUACAAUUAGCCUAACAAUACACAGCACGCACACACAUAUUGGGGAAAUAGUCAGUAAUCAAUUUAAAAUGUUAAUCAAGUUUCCAGUGACACACAAUGGAAGUCAAUGGGGACAAAUUUGGAAGUGUUUAAAAAGGCAAACAUGUGAAGCUUACAUUAACUAAUCGCGUGUAUUAUUUGAGCUGUAAAAUGUUUCAAUCAUCAUUUUUACAGUCGUUUUAGGGGUGUAGCGUUUAAGGCGUUACGUCGUCACGGCAACUAAGUGGUGAAAUCAGAUAUAACUAUAAGUUCAGCCUUUGACACCAGCGUUUCUCAUUUUGAAAUAUUCCUCAAAUGGAAAAGGCACUUAUGAACCAACUUUUUGGAACGACAAUCUAAUUUGUCAAGCGUAUUUUAUCAGCGUGUUCAACCGGAAGAAGUCGCUAACUGUCGCUUCAAGCAGUCAAUUAAGCCUGAUCAUUUGUGAAACUCAGAAACUCUGAAGGAACAAAACAGCUGGAUAUCAUCAGCAUAAAGGUGGAAGGAGACAUUAAUGAACCGGCUGAUACGCUGUCCUUGAGGAACUACAUAUACCAAAAACAGAAUUGGACCCAACACUGAACCCUGCGGGACCCCAUAAGACAGAACUGUUGUCUCGGACACGAUCUGGUUUACAAAAACACAGAAAAGAUGCUUCUGUUUACACUGGCUACUGAGAGCCCUUUUAUGUUGACGUUUACAGCAUAUUAAACAGGUGGUCAUAAUAUUUUGCAUAUUAGUUUAAAUCAAUAUUACAUCAAUACGACUGGAAGCGUUUUGGGCCACUAGAAUCGCCCUCAUUAGCUCUGGAGUCUCACCACAGAAGUUUCAUUUUUGGACCACUAUUCCUUUAAAAGACAUGAAAAUCAAAUGUGUUUGACACGUAUCACAGUCUGAAUGGAGUAUUUGUUGAGAACACACGUGUGCCUGCGGUCUUUGUCCUUCUGACGAAAUGAAUUCUCGCAGCCCUUUAGAAAUGUCUGCAAGUUUGUUGUCGGCAUAUUUGUGGGAUAUUAGGAGGAGAAUUGCUGGCUGCGGCCUGCAUACUGAGAAUAAUGCAUAC